ACGUCAUUGAGCUCGCGUCCUCGAUCCUUUCCUCCUCUCUCCCCCUCUCUCACUGCUUCCAUAAUUCGCUCUCACGUAGUCCUGUUGGGUUCGGUUCUCGGCUGCGGUUCCUGCCGAUUCCUUUUAUAACAUGAUUUCUGCCGGUCACACCGUGGUGUUCAGUCGCAAAUUGGUUGCCUCUGUCCUCAGACCCGCCCUUCUCACGCAAAGAUCGUUCCAAACCUCAGUCAUGGCUCCUGUCAAGGUUGGUGAUGCCGUUCCCUCCGUUGAACUUUAUGAAGGUGCUCCGGAUAAGAAGGUCGACUUGGCCGAGUUGACUAAGAGUGGGAAGAGCAUCAUCUUUGGGGUGCCCGGUGCCUUCACCCCCGGUUGUUCCAAGACUCAUUUGCCAGGGUUUGUGGCCAAGGCUGACGAGUUGAAAGGCAAAGGAAUCAAGGAAAUCAUUUGUGUGGCCGUCAACGACCCUUUUGUCAUGGGCGCUUGGGGUGAAAACCAGAAGGCCGAUGGUAAGGUGCGCAUGCUGGCCGAUACCCAUGGCAAACUGGCUCAAGCCCUGGAUCUCGAGGUGGAUUUGGCCGCUGUUUUGGGGACCAAGCGGAUGAAGCGCUUCUCCAUGGUUGUGGAGGAUGGCAAGGUCACCGAGGCCAACAUUGAACCCGACGGCACCGGCAUGACUUGCUCUUUGGCCGAAAAGAUCUCGGUUUAGACAUCUCGGGCCUGCUUCCAUCGAAUCAGUAUCCGUGAACUGGACCGAUCGCGUCCGAAGAAUCACGCCAAUUAUCCCCCCAAUUAUGAUUGGAUGGCAUAUAAAUGGAAAUAUUUCGCCUUAAA